AUGGCGCUGAGGGACGCCGUCGCCGCCGUCUUCUUCUUCGUGGUGAUCACCGUCGUCCCCUUCUCCCUCGCCGCCGCCGGAACCCUCGCCGUCGUCGCGCUGGCGAAGGCCGCCCACCGGCUGCUUCGCGGCGGGCCCCCCGGCGGCGGCGGCCUGCCGGACAAGGAGAUCGGGGCCAUUCCCGUCUGUGUCUACGCGGCGGCGCCCCCGGGGGGCGGCGGCGGAGGGGAGAGGAGGGACAGGGACUGCGCCGUGUGCUUGGCGGACUUCGAGGAGGGGGAGCUGCUUCGCCGUCUGGGCUGUGGGCACUGCUACCACCGGGACUGCAUCGGCCGGUGGCUCCGCCGGCGAGCCACCUGCCCCAAGUGCUCACGCUUGGUCUCCGUGGAGAUGAAGACCGAGGAGGGGCUCCUCCGCCGGUGGGCGGGCAGAUGGCGCCGCCGCCAGCCCAGGUCUCCGGCGGCAAAUAAUACCCUUCAUGUCGUUGCUCAACCCCUUUACACAGCCAUGAACUGA